AUGGAACGCAACCGGCAUGAACUUCAGGAUCUUGUUGCUCGCUACUCCUAUCAGCCAGAUGACCUACUGAAAGGCAUGAUCAUACUCCAUGAGCCAGCGGGGCAAACGACUGUUCGACGCGACUCCAGUUCCUCAACCUUUGGCCUCCUUGAUCAAUUACCCGUCGAGCUCUUGUACUUUCUCCUGGGCUUUCUGGACCUUCGUUCCAUAUCACAUCUGUCGCAAGUCUCCUUACGGGGCCACGUUGUCGUUCGAUCAUUUCAUAUAUACCGAGACCUGCUGAAAUACGCAUCUCGUGCCUUGACGGUAUUGGGCCGGACCAGAUCCAUACGCUAUCACAGCGCAACAACACUUCACACGGCGCUCUUCUCGCAUGAUUGCGUCUCUUGCAGACACUUCGGCACCUUCCUCUUCCUGCCAACCUUCGAGAGUUGUUGCUACGAAUGCCUGAGCAAAAAUCAGAGUCUUUGGGUGGCUUCUCGAGCCUUGGUCAAGAAGUGCUUCGACCUUGAUGACCAUCAAAUCAAGAAACUACCUGUACUGCGCAGUCUCCCUGACUUGUACCAGAUAGGUACUCAACCAGAGAUCUCUCGCACUCGGCGACUUAACCUCGUCAGCGUCAAGUCCGCCAAAGCGCUUGGACUCAAGGUUCACGGAUCAACGGCGAACAUGCCGGAUUGGGAUUCUUUGUGUCGUCCUUGGGCGCCUUCGACAAAGCAUUUGAAGGAAUACAAUUAUCUUCGGUGGCUUCAGGCUGCACCAAUGCAACCACUGGACGGUGAUCCAGUUAUACUACCGAGACAGCCACACACACCAAAUGAUAACUAUUGCGGUAUGGCCUCCAUCCCGUUUCCGUCAAUAGGUCGCGAUGGCCAGCAUGAUAGCGGUUUGUGGUGUCGUGGCUGCGAAUGGGCUUGCGAAAAUUUGCUCCACGAGGAUGAGCAAGAAAUUGAAGCCCCUUUAAGCUACAGCAUUCCCCCAGACUGUGACGUGGAAGACGUUCUACUUGCCCUGGCGCACCGUGCGAGGCCAAAGAUAGAGUUUGCCAGCCAUAUUCAGAACUGCUACGGCGUGAAGAAGCUGGCUGAUGAUGUGUAA